UUCUGUCGACCUCGCUAUACCAAGUUGAUCCGUGUUUGUGUGUGUGAAAGGAAAUAACGUCGGUUCAUCGUUGUGGCACUUUUGGUUUCUGGUUGUCUUCCAGUUCUUCGUUGGUGGAAUCCUCCGUGCGAGUUCAACCGACGAGUCCUGGAGGGAAACUUGAGACUUCCGCUAGACUCGAUUCGUUUUCCUCUCCGUUGUCGAUUCGCUUUUGAUUGAGCGCCAUCCUCGUUCUGAGGCCGUUUUGCGCCUUCGUUCCAGAUUGGUCCGGUGACCGGCUAAACCCACCUCCCGUGGUCCUCGCACUUUUCGGCUUCCGUGGAGUUGCCCACGCGAUCAUCGUUUACGAGUCCACUGUCCCCAGAACUCGAAUCCCCGACUCCAUUCACUAUGUCCUCCGCAGCAAUGUCGAAAAAGAACAAGGGGAAGAAGGUUGCGGACCCCAAUGAGACCUCCAAACUGCUAGCCGCCAAGAUCUCACAGUUGGAGCAAGAUGCAGCAGGGGAAAAGGAUCAAGAAGCGGAAAUUGAGCGUGAAGUCAAGAAGGCUACGAGGGAUCUGAACCAGUUGCUCAGCAACAUCGAGUCCCCGAUGACCCGACUCGAGACCGUCCACAAGAAAUACACCGAACUUCUCGCCGACAUGAAGAAGCUGGAUCGCGACUAUGCCAAGAGUAAAAAACGAUCCGAUCAACUGCAGAAGGACCAGGACAAAGGCAAAUCGGAAUUGAACAAGACCGUCACCAUGAAGGAUAAAUUGGAGAAGCUGUGCAGGGAACUUACCAAGGAAAACAAGAAGGUCAAGGAUGAGAACAAGAAACUGGAGGAAACCGAGAAGAAGGCACGACUGAUCGUUAAUGAACGUCUGGACUCUCUUCUGUAUGACAUACAAGAUGUCAUGGCCGCCAAAGGAAAUCCGCGCAAUGAGAAGGUGGACAUUGACUUGGACGAGGCUUUACGUGCCAAGAUUAAAACCAUUGGGGAAAAAUUUGAAAUGCGCGAGUUACACUACAAGGCCCUCUUACGCAGCAAAGACGCAGAGAUACAGUGCCUUACCGCCAAGUACGAAGAGCAGCGCCGUGCUGCUGAGAACGAAGCCGCCCGUUGUCGUGCGCUGAGCUCCCAGGUUUCGACGUUUUCGCAUACAGAGGCUGAACUGCGUAGUCAGCUCAAUAUCUACGUGGAAAAGUUUAAGCAGGUGGAGGAUACACUGAAUAACAGCAACGAACUCUUUCUCACUUUCCGCAAAGAAAUGGAGGAAAUGUCGAAAAAGACAAAGCGCCUGGAGAAGGAGAACCUUACGCUUACCCGAAAACACGACCAAACGAACCGCAAUAUACUCGAGAUGGCAGAGGAGCGCACACGAAACCAUGAGGAACUGGAAAAAUGGCGGAAGAAGAGUCACCACUUGGAGGCACUGUGUCGACGAAUGCAAGCACAAGGUCGUGGUCAAGGUCUUCCGGCCGACCUGGACGGUGACGAUGAGGGGACAGAAAGCGAAUACGAUGAGGACUAUGAAGAUGAGGAGGAUGACGAGGAUAUUAGCGACGAGGAGUACGAGCUUGAGCAUGCAGGCCGGGAUCUCAAUGGGGGCAACAUUCCCCAGCAACCUGAGAAGCCUGUCUUUGGCCCACCACCGCCGCCACAACUUUUGGAGGCACGAGCAGCGAAUGGGAACAAGGCCAUGAUCAAUGGAUGUCACUAGCGACUACUCAGAUCGAACAACAUCAACAAUGUUUUGAGAACAAAAGGAACAAAAACAAAAAAACAUGUGCUCUCUGUUUUGGUGAUAAGAAGGCCACAUAAUGCACUUGUAGCCAGCACUUGUUGGAAAGCUUUUCUGUCGUGGCUUGUGCUAGUGAAUCUCACUGUCAAUUCAAGUUUGUUUUAUUUAUUGGUUUGAUUUGCUAAGAAGACAGGGGAUGGGGAAACCUGGAAAAGAAAUGGAAUACAGCGGAUGUAG